UGACGUGAGAGUGAGAAUUUUUUGUUUCUUUUGCUGUUUUUGAAUACAAGCAUUACUGUUGUUGCACAUGAGCUUACUGUAAUAUAACAUUGAUCCGAACUUUCGCAAUUCUACGUAGAAUAUUGAAGAUCUACGUUUUAACAAACGCCACAAAGUUGCCGAGGUCGAAGGCUGGACACUUCCCCUUUCCAUCGCCUUGGAGUUGAAGGUACGCGAUGACAACUAAAACAAGAACUCCGCGAUCGGCGAUGGACCCGCUAGCUUCGCUCCGAGAACCGACGUUUCCGACGGAGCGCACGGCACAGUCUGUGAAGAAAACACACGACCCGUCGUCUUUGACAUCUGACAACUUUAAAACUCACAAAAUGAAGAACUAUAUGAGUACGUGGACCCCAAUCUUGCACAAGCCGUCGAACGACCAGAUUUUUGUAGAACGAAGAGAUCUUGUUGCUCAUUGGUUUGAUUUGUGGACUGACAGUCAGCGAAAAAGAUUUCUAGGAUAUAUAUUCCAGCAUUGUAAGAAAUCUCAGCUACUUUUUGUUCAAGAAUGGUUUGCUAACAAGGUACCAUUAAGCAAGUCAGAUUUCACUGUGGUCUUACCAAAGAUUUUAGCUUUAUAUGUCUUCUCAUUUCUUGAUCCACGGAGUUUGUCAAGAGCUUCUAUGGUGUGCUGGCAUUGGAAGUUUCUAACAGAGCAAGAUGAAUUAUGGAUGCCAAAGUGCGUGAAGUUUGGUUGGUUCUUACCUUACUCACCUGAUAAGAAUGAAUAUGGUGCAUGGAAAAGACAUUAUAUAGCGUGUCUUCAAACAUUGGACGUAGUGCAACCAUCAAAAGGGAACUCUUUUUAUGGUACACUGAGUGAUGGUUUAGGAGUUUCUGGUGAAGGGAAAAAGAAGAAAAAAAGAACAGUUCCAACUGAUGACAGACCACCAUGGUUGAAUAAUGAUCCAAAACCCAAUGAUUUAGAGAACUCCCAUCGUGCUAUGAUGUCAUCAGUGAAUCCUAACGAUCCAGCCCUCCCCACGUCUGCUUACCUGUAUGCUGGACGAUUUGGAAUCAAUCAAAAGGGGAGACCUAGUCAGAAAUUAAGCAAGUCAUGGUCUGGUGGCUUAACAGAGUUGGAAUAUGGAAUAGAAACUAAUGAGAGACGACAAAAACAUAGAGCAGUUACAAGUGGAGAGGACAUUUAUGGUAAAACAAAGGGUACCUUAUCACAUAGUAUUGCUAUGGAAGCAUACCGUGACACUGGAGUAGCUAUGGAACAGCCCUGGGAGACCCCACAGAAAAGACCUGUAUCUAGAAGGUUGAGCAGCUGUACCUUCCCCAUAGGCUUCAAUUCUGAUUCUAAUAAGUGUUCUGAUUCUGGAAACACCAAAGAGUUUCAGAUUGUAUUGGAUGCUGUAUUAUUUGGUGUUAUACCAAUAGUGUAUGAAUUUGAAGGCACUACCCUGGAAUCUUUAUUAGAGAGAUUGGAAAGUGUACUGGCUGGUAGACAUGCACGGAGUAUUGGUUUAUUUGUUGAUGGAUCUCCUGGGGAAGUUAAAUUAGUCCAGUAUUUUAAGACUAAUCUCAAAACAUUGGAAAAUGAUGAGAUACGAAAGUUUUGGGAAACACUGUGUUGUCAUGUAUUACCAGCUGGCGUAGGUGGACAUGUGGAUAUAUUUCUACCUCUUGCGGCUAGUGAGAGUGGAAUGGAAUUAUUAUUGCAGCUAGGAAUAUUAACAGGACUACAGUUUUCAUCACCUACAGCUAUAGUAGGAUCUACUUAUGCACACUUGGACAGUGAAUGGUUGUUUUCACCCGAUGGUAUCACUCCACCAGCUCUGUACUUCAAUGCUGACCAGUUAAAGGCUUGGAUUAACACCGCAAAUCUGGUCCAAGAAGCAAUCAAUGUGACAAAAAGAAGAGUUAAGUCUUAUUUUGAGAAAGAACAGAAAGACUUGGCUGCUAAGGUUACGGGUGAGAUUGUGUUUGAUGCAUUGAGUUUACGGAAUAUCAAAAAAACUAAAGAAAUAACACCGAUUCUGACACAAGCUAUUGAAGCUAUGGCUGAAGAGGAAAAUGUUAAACCGAUUGAUUUCAUCGCCAAUUACCUAAAAGAAGUUUCUGAUGGUGGAAAACCAAAAAGUACGCUAGGAAAUACUAAAGAAGAUCCGUUGUAUACUCCAAGACCUGAGAAGAAACGGACAAUCCAAACCAAUAAGAAGAAGAAACCUGUGAUGAUGAAUGGUAUUCAACUCGGUAGCGACAAUGAGUCAGAAGAUUCAAUCGAAGAGUCCAUUGAGGAUGAAAUUGAGACGGAAGAUGAUCUUGUCAUUGAUGCAGAUAAAUACGAAGAGAAACCCAAGCAAAAACAAGUUGAGAAACUUGACUUGGAGGAGAAGAACACAUAUAAGGAAUAUCAGACAAUGGACAAAAGUGGAUUUGUAAAACUGUCAACAGCACAGCUUGCUGACCAUCCUGACAAACGGACGUCUAUUGUAUUUGAAAUACUGGGAAGUGAAGUUAACUAUAAACGUAGUCUUACCAUUGUUAAAGAUGUCUAUGUAUUACCGCUGAAAGCUGCUCUAAAGUCGAACAAAGCCAUCAUCAGUACACCUAACUUACAAACAAUCUUUACUGAUAUUAUGAAUGUAUUGGGACUGACUAGGGAAAUUGUACAUGAUUUGACUGACCGACUGGAAGACUGGGGACCUCAUCAAUGUUUAGCUGAUAUCUUUGUCAAGUUUUCAUCUAAGUUAAAAGUGUACACCAACUUUUUAAAUAAUUAUGCUGUAACUUUAUCCACGAUUGACAAGUGUAAAGAACAACAUCCUCGAUUUAGAGCGUUUCUACGUCGUUACGACAGAAAACCAGAUACCAAGAUGUUGACUUUACAAGAACUGUUCUUGCCGCCAACUAGACGUAUAGCAGAGUAUGUUUCGUUACUGCUAGCUUUGGAAAGAUACACACCAAUUGAUCAUGCAGAUAGACAGGACAUAUCAACUGCUAUUAUGAAAUUCACUGAGUUACAGAAAUAUAUUGAUGGUUGUAAGUUACGUGCAGAAAGAGAAAGAAAACUGAUCCAGUUACAGAAAAUAAUACUGAAUUGUCCUGUGUUAUUAGAAGCAAAUCGUUAUUUGAUAAAACAUGACAACGUGGCACAUUUAGUUGCACAAGCAGAUAAUAUUAAAUCUGAAUACAAGAUGUAUCAGCACAUAGAAGAUCUGGGUUUAUUUUUGUUCAACGAUGCGUUAGUGGUGACUAUCCGCACAAUCAAACAUUUCCCGUAUGAGAGGUCUGUGGAAGAGAAAUUCAAAUUCUAUGCCUCUAUUGGACUAAUACGAUUGAAAAUAGAUGACCUACCUGAUACAAAAUACAUACGACAUGGAUUUGCCUUGACGACACCAAAAAGAAAUAUGAUCUGUUCGGCUGAUUCAUAUGAAGAUAAACUGUGUUUUAUAACCGCUGUAGAGAAAGCUAUACAGACUGCAGUGGAAUCAGAUUAAAUCAUUCUUAAUCACUUAUUAAUUAAUUAAUCAAUCAUCUUUAAACUUACAUCGACUGCAGGCUAGAAAAGCACAGCUUAACUAUGAUACAAAUACAAUUUCUUUAUCAGUAUUAAUUGAAUUGUAAAUUAUUUAUGAUUAAUCAUGUGAUUUUACUAUUUUUAUAUUGAUAUGUCACAAAUCUGCUUCACCC